CCAGCCUUACCCAGCCCUCCUCUUCCGGGAGCGUUUGAAAGGGCUAAAUUAGGUAUGUUUUUUUACUGAACUCAACUCAACUGAAGAGCUGCAUUAAACUCACCUGUAAAUGACCACCACCGCGCGACGACUGUAGCAGCAGGAGGAGGAUAUUUAAGCCCCCUAUACUAGUGCAGGAAUGUCAGAGGCUAGUUUUGAGUCACAGGAGAAUGUCUCGGAGAAGGACCGAUCAGACCCAGAGGAGGAAGAGGGUCCAGAGACUUCCAGUCAGUCUAUAAGCCAACCAGAGGAGACACCAAACAGCCUCUCUGAUGAAGCACACAUGACUGAGAUUGAUAUAAGUGACAGUAGUGAAGCUAGAGGCCUUGAAGGUAGCCAUGCUGAGAGGGAGGCGGACAAUGCUGAGCAGGCCCAGAGGUACAAUAGUGGAGCUCAUAAGGAUGCUGAGGAUCAGGCUAAUUCCAAAAUCCCUAGUACUGAAGCUUCGAAGGAUGUCAUGCCUACUCAGACUGGCAUAAAGGUUGGCAGUUCUUCCGGGUGGAUAACCCGUAUUCGGUCACGGCUGAGCAGUUCAAAUGUGGCUAUGGCAGAGGAGGCCCACAGAAGCCCAGCUGCCGAACUCUCAGUCACCAGCAACGGUGAUGCGGACACGGGUCACGAAGAAGUGUUUCAGCGGGAUCUGUCACUUGGUGUCUCAUCUGGACCAAUCACAUCAAACAUGCACAGUGCACCAGACAACUAUGGAAUGAUGUCUGAGGGCGUGGUUGAAGUAGGACCUCAGAACUCAGGGUCAAGGAGCCAGCCCACCUCGCCCACCUCACCCACCGUAGCGCCCAGUCCUGCGGCGGCUAGCCGGCUAGCUCGCACUGUCAGCGAAAGUGAGGUGGAGAGAGAGAAAGGCGAUGUAAGAGGACAGCCGAGGAGCAGGUCGGUGGUCUUGGCUGAUGACAUGAAGAGCCCUGCCAUGGAGAAACUGGAGCUGGUCAGGAAGUGGAGCAUCAACACUUACAAAUGCACUAAGCAGAUCCUGUCAGAGAAGCUGGGCCGCGGUUCGCGUACUGUGGAUCUAGAGCUGGAGGCUCAGAUUGAGAUCCUCCGAGACAACAAGCGCAAGUACGAGCAUGUGGUCAAGCUGGCGCAGACGCUGGCCACUCAGCUAGGGCAGAUGAUGCAGACGCAGAGGCAGCUGGGCGACGCCUUUGCCGACCUCAGCCUCAAAUCGCCCGAGCUUCACGAGGAGUUUGGCUACAAUGCUGAAACCCAAAAACUCCUGUCCAAAAACGGGGAGACCCUUUUAGGAGCUAUCCAGUUCUUUAUCGCCAGUGUGAACACUCUUGUGGACAAAACCAUUGAGGAUACCCUGAUCAACAUCAAACAAUACGAGGCUGCCAGGAUCGAGUAUGAUGCUUAUCGUACAGAUCUGGAGGAGCUGAACCUGGGCCCUCGCGAUGCCACCACCCUGCCCAAGAUCGAGCAGUCACAGAUACAGUUCCAAAUGCACCGUGAGAAAUACGAGAAGAUGCGCAAUGACGUGUCUGUCAAGCUUAAGUUUCUGGAGGAGAAUAAGGUGAAAGUUUUGCACAAUCAGCUCAUCCUCUUCCAUAAUGGCAUUGCUGCGUACUUCGCUGGGAACCAGCAGCACCUGGAACAGACACUCAAACAGUUCCACAUCAAACUAAAAAUGCCUGGGGCCGACACCCCGUCCUGGCUGGAGGAGCACUGAUCCGUGUUUUACUCCAUUAUAAUUGAGACAAGCGGUGUAAUCCAGAAAGGAGAGGAGGCUACGUUGUCUAAGCACUCCUUAUAUACAAAAACUGAAAAAGUAAAAAAGAACAAAAAAUAAGAAUGAAAAAGCCUCUCUUCUUGCCCUGUCUCGUAUUUUCACUUCAGGACACUAAACCUGUCAGGAAAUGUAAAGAAAAUUGAGUAUGGUGGGAGGGGGGUGGGGGGGGAUGAGCCCGACACAGAAAUAUUUAUCUUUAAUAUUCUCUUUGUUCUUCUCUUUAAACUUUUGUGUGGUUUUUAAAAAUGAGUGCUCCUCUCUUUUUGUCUGGGAGAAGGAAAUUUUAUAUUCUUGUAAAUGGGAGGUUGAUGAGUGGUCUUGAAGAAAAAAUAUUUUAAAAUCAGAAGACAUGCACUUUGUGGAUUAUGAGUUAUGACAAAUCUGAUAGUGGAUUGUAUAAAAAGUUAAACGCUCCAUGAAUGUAACUCCAUUCCUGUCGCCACCUUUCGGAUGUCCUCAAAACCUUUCCUCCGAUCACUAAUUUACUCUUACUUACCUCACAAACCAGAACCAUUGAACGAAAAACGAGGUGUAUUAAACCUCUCCAAGCUCCGCCCACAAACGUGGUGCUUUGCAACUGUAGCUUAGUUGUACGAGCUUCACAAAACGCCCGUUCAAGAAUGAGGAGAAAUCCUGUUUGAAUAUUAAAUGCCAAAUUAAAAUAAAAAAUUUAAAAAGAAUUAAAAAACAGAAAUUGUGGAUUAUGGAGAUUGAACUAAAGUGUAGGCACUGUGUAGGGACUAAUACUGACCUGUACAGUGUUGCAACAGCUAAGCGAAGUUAGCCUGGCAGCAGAACAGCACAAAAUAAAUAUACAUUUGAAUAAAACCAAUAAAUAUUUGUUUAAUUAACUACAUUUUUACUGGUUGUCCUCAUGAUCUCUAGUCAAGCUUGUUUAGAUGCUGAAAGAAGCUACAUAACAAUGUAAUUAUGUAGUGGGCGGAGCAUGGAUGGGUCAGUUGCUAGGCUGCCUUCAUCACUGUCUUUGAUCUUGGAACCCAGAGUCUUUUAUAGAACAUCAAAAAGCUCCACCUCUUCCAAAACCGUCAUUUCCAUUAAGUGUGAUUUAAACCUCCAAAAUAUAGAAUACUUUAAUAUUUAAUAAUUAAUAACUCAAACAUGUUCAAAUUUUGAGUUAGUUAAUUUUUUGCGCUGAUGUUCUGUAGUCAAGCUUGUAUAAACGACCAAAGAGGCUACGAAACAAUGUGUUCAUGUAGUGGGCGGAGCAUGGACAGGUCUGUUGCUAGGCUGCCUUCAUCACCAACCCAGAGCCUUUUUAUAAAACAUAACUCCGCCUCUUCAGAAACUCCUCCUUCUCUAACAAUACAUUUUAGGGCUUCUCCUGAUCUGGAGCAGGUGGAAUACUAAGUUUUCAGAGGACAAAUCAUUGCAAUCCUUUGAUAGUUGGUUUUUAAACUUUUUCACAUUUGAUUUAUUGACUAAUCAAUGAACUGCAGAGGUUGUUCAGGGUUAGCGAGAGGAAACCAGACCUUAUCUUCGUAACUUUAACGUGCCUUUCUCUUGAAUGCAUCAACCAUGCUCCGGUUUUAACUUGACAGGUCUUUGAAAACACGGGGCUCACACUGCCAUGCUGUGGACCAACACUCGUACCUAUAUAAAUGCGUAAAUACAUGUAUAUGAAUACAGUAUAUCUGUACAUACAGUUUAUGUAUAGUUCUAAACUAAAGACCAGCAAUUCAUUCAUUUUCUCGUUUCUUACUUGACUUUUUCGUAACCACUCCUUUUUGCAUUCCAGUCGUUAUAGUUGUUAUAUUUGUUUGGAAUUUUUGUUUGUUAAAUAUUUGAAACAUAAACCAAAUGAACUUGACAUGGGAAACACGUGUUUGCACAAAGGAAAGACCAGGUCCUUUUGGUUCAGUGUAAUGUUUCUGAAUUUAUUGGUUCCGUUUUCGGACUGAGGAUAAAUACGCAAAUAAAAUUCUGUUUAAAAUUUCACUUUUUUUUUUUUCAAUUUAUUAGAGUAUAUAAGAAAUAGGUUUUUAUUUGUUUUCCUAAAUUGUCUAGAUUUGAUAUCUGCCUCUUACAAUAAGAAUUUCUGCAUGCUGCAACAAAAUGGGGUGGAUUAUAUUAUACCAUAAUAUUGGAGGAGAAAUGUAAAGAUUAAAUUUAUUUUGUUCUUUUUUUUUUUAUGAAAUUCAGAUUGUGAAUUUCACAUGGGGAACAUUUUGUUUAAAGAUGUUCAUCUGAUUUUCUAUUUUUAUUUUUAGCCUCAAACAGAAAAUUGAUCUGAUAAAUGUUACACUGACCUUUUUCCUUCUCUUUUAAAUCAGAUUUAUUUUUUGUUGUUGGUGUGCAUAUGUACUUGCUGUGUUGAGGAGGAGUAGAUAUUUUCUGAUUUUAUUUUGUUUGUAGAGUUCUUUCAGCAUAUCCCAAAGCAAUUCCAUAUUUCUCCAUAUUUCUUUAAGGCUUUUCCAUCGUACAGUGCUCUCAAUGCCUUUAGAGCUCAAUUGAAGAAUUUGGCAUUAAUACAAUUUUUUUUUUCUUCUUAUUAUUAUGACUUUGUUUUCUCCAAUAUGUACUGCAUAUGUCCUUCAUUACUACUUCUACUACUAUUAUAUACAAUACUGUAUGUACUGUAUGUAUGUACUGUAUGUAUAAGGGCUGCAUAAAUUUGGUAAAAUUGGAAAUUUGACUCGUAUUGGUUUCGUCCCAAUUGUGCACUACACACUAAUACUUUAGGAUACAUUCUCUGUACUCAUCCUAAUAGUGUGGGGUUGGUAGAUUAUUUAUAUAUAAAUAUUAAUUUACUAUCCUGUUUUAUACUAGCAUAAAGGGAUAAACUGUUGCUAUGCUAAUGUACAUCAAGUAUGCUGGGCAUCUCACAAUACGAAAUCAUGUUAUGUUGCCCAUGAUAGCGAUAAUAUCACGAUACUGUUAUUCUGCAAUAAUUGAUAUAUCACAACACAAAUUCUCUACGAUACUUCUGUGUUACUGAAGAGGAUAAAACACUCCUAAAUAAGCCUAUUCAUUUGAUUAGUGCCACCAUGUGGAGUAAUGAAGCAGUUAUUUUAGUAAGACAAAUUAGGAGACGAGUCUAGCGUGCCUACGUUUUAAUUUAAAAAAUCCAUAUUUGAUGCCCGCCUCUAGUGUCCAUCAGAAUCGCACUCAAAAACCAGCCAGUUCUGAAUAUGUAUCAUACAUAUUUGAGUAAUCUUAAAUCAUGGUAUUGUUGUCACUUUCCCCCUAUACUUGCUUAAACAUACAUAUCACAUAGAUAAAAAACUUUAAAUAAGUAUUAGUAAUUAGUACACAUUUGGGACAGACCCGUUAUUUGCCCUUAUGUGACCUUGCACAUACUGCAGUGUGACUACCGCACAUCCACUCGUGGCAUUGAGUUGGAAAAUUGUGAUAUAAAAUUAAAUAUUGUGUAGCCCUUGUACGUACAGUAUAUCUCUAUGUGCUUUAACACACAUCCCUGACCAAUGAGGUCUCUUCACACUGCAGCAAAAGUGCUUGGACCCCUGCGGUGGGCUCUUCCUUGAGCCUUAUGAAAGGUUCUUCAUUUUCAGUUGUUGUAUUAUUAUUAUUAUAUUAUAUUAUAUUUUUAAUCAAAUGUUAUAACCACCCUCAUGCUUCAUUUAGCUCCUCAGUUCUCCGUUGGCAGCAUGGAGGCACCUGCAGAGUGACCCUAUGUGAACUGACACAAUCUAUAUGUGUAAUUUCCUGUAUUUUACUUUGGAUAUUUUUGUUUUGGGCAUUUAUUUGUGGGAGGAAAUUGAAUGAUGUAAUUAACAGAGUUUCUCAGCAUGUUGUGAAAGAGUUUGGGAGGAAAAUAAUUAAACUGUUUUCCUUCUUAA